GAGAGGAUCACAGUGGCUUUAAAAUGUUUUACAGCGCUCUGUUGAUCUCUGCAAGACAGGAGAUACACGUCGUCUAACAUGGACCCACGCUGAGAAUCCGUUCCCAUCGAUUAAGCAAGUAUUUCUUUGCUGGAAAGGAGAAUCACUUGAAUGAAUUAGAUCUAAUGAAUCAGUGGAUGUUGACUGGGACAAUGAAAGUACAUUUACUGCUGUUGUUUAGAGUAUGCAUCCAGUAAUCAGCAAGAAAUUAAAUUUUAAAAUGUGCACAAAAUAGUAAUGAUUUAUGUGUUAUUACAUUAGUGGGCUAGUCAUUGCAUUCAGUUGAUUUUAAUGAUAAAAGACAGCUACAUCACUCAAAGAUGGAUGAAGUGAUUAUGGAUCAGAUCAUGUAUGUUGCUCAUCAAGCGGUGUCUUGGAUCGUAUCUGUUGCCAUCAUAUUUGGAGGGGUUGUGCCAUACAUCCCUCAGUACAGGGACAUCCGCAGGACCCAGAAUGCUGAGGGAUUCUCCACAUAUGUGUGUCUGGUGCUGCUGGUUGCCAACAUAUUAAGAAUACUGUUUAGGUUUGGACGUUACUUUGAGACUCCGCUGCUUUGGCAGAGUAUAAUCAUGAUCAUCACGAUGUUAAUCAUGCUGAACCUGUGCACCAGCGUCCGCAUGGCCACCGAACUCAACACCAAACGCCGCUCCUUCACAGCAACAGACAGUAAGGAUGAAGAAAUCAAAGUUCCUAAGAGGCUCUUUCUGGACUUUGAUUGGAACUACUUCUGGUCUUGGAGUCAUUUUGUGGAUUACCUACAGUGUGUGCUGGUGUUCACAGUGCUGGCCGUCUAUGUGACGUAUCUGCUACUGGACUCAGUUCUGUUUGUAGAGAGCCUGGGUUUUCUGGCCGUAUUCACAGAGGCCAUGCUGGGAACUCCACAGCUCUACUGCAACUACCAGAACAAAUCUACUGAAGGCAUGAGUAUUAAGAUGGUGUUGAUGUGGACCAGUGGAGACACUUUCAAGACAGGCUACUUCCUGUUGACUCAGGCUCCUGAGCAGUUCUGGAUCUGCGGCCUCCUUCAGGUGUGCGUGGACUUCGCCAUUCUCUUCCAAGUGUACUACUACAGCUGCUUCCCACAGAAACCCGUCUCACACACCACACACACCACCAGCGCCAAGGCCCUAUGAAACACCCUUGCUUCACAGAAUCUGCUCAAAUCUGUUACAAUGCAUACAUACAGCAUCUUUAUACGGUGUCUCCAAAACGGAUUUGGAUAAGUGAUACACUUAAGCCACAUCUAAAUAUGUCUGAAUGUCAUUGUAUUAGAUACACAACAUCAAACUAUGAUGUUAGAU